AUGUCAGAGCAGUCUUUUAUCAACGAAACAUUAGAAAUCCAACCGUUGGAAACAGAAAUUCGGCAUGUCUUCAAUCAUCAUGUCACUGUGUUGUGCAAUCAAAAAUGGAAAAUCGUCGAUGAGAUGACAAAGUGGAGUAGUACACUUAUUGCUCAAAUUCAAGAACAUGUCAAACAACAAAGAGAACUUCUCGAAUUGGUAUAUCAAAAGAAAAAGUUUCACCUUGAAGCUUUAUGCAUUCGAUCUCUUGAACACGUUCAGAUGUAUGAGCAGAAAAAAGAAUACGAACAAUUAAAAUUAUGGUUCAAUAAAUGUAAUACUCUGAAAUUUGAAUUAGCUACAUUACUCUACAUUGAGCGUCCUAUAUCCUCAAUACAGUUGAUAACAGAAGAACAAUCAAAUGGACACGAACACAGCCAACAAAAGACUGCAUAUAUAUCAUCUGCAAUGAAACAAAUAGUAGACGACGAGAAAUAUAAUAGAAAUCAUACUGAUAUCAAUGAAAAUGGAUCUCCCAAAUUGACUUGGACGAAUACAGAAUCAGCGAAUACACCACCAGCAAUAAGAAAAUCUAUGAAUGAUAAUGAUCAAGCAAUCACCUACGAUGACAAUAGGCUAACCGAGAAUAUCUCCAGUGAUAAGGAAUUGUGCGAAAAAUGUCCUAUAUGUUUUAUGAUAUUUUCACAGAGUAUGACUGUAGACAAUCGAAAUCUUCAUGUUAACGAGCAUUAUUAA